UCUCUGACCAACGUGCAUGUGCGCAUAGCAAAGCGGGAGAAAAUGAAAGCUCUUGAAUUAUUAACAACUCUUCAUGUCAUUGCCUUCAGAGGAUGCUGCGUGUGAGACGAGAGGAUUUCCCGCAGAUUUAUCCAGCGCAUUGAAUCAAUUAAGACAUGAUUUUAGUUGCGCAUCGUUAGUUGGGAUCCGUCAGUGAUCUUCAUAAUGAAACAUUUUAUAUUCGUCUGCUAAUUUUUAUUUUAUUUCAAAAAGUUAAUAUGGCUUUAGUGGUGUAUCUAAAGACGGUCACUGAGCUUCGUGGGAAAGGGGACCGAAUCGCCAAAGUCACUUUCAGAGGUCUCUCCUUUUUCUCACGGGUGCUGGAAAAUUGCGAGGAUGAAGCUCGGUUUGAGCAGGCGUUUCGGUGGCCAAUCGGGAGUCAGGUUGACGGGGAUGAGUUGCUGGAGAUCCAAGUGUUUAAUUACAGCAAAGUCUUCACUAACAGAUUGAUCGGCACCUUUUGCAUGGUCCUGCAGAAGGUUGUAGAGGAGGGUCACCUGGAGGUGUCUGACACUCUUAUAGACGACAACAACACAGCCAUACAGACAACUAUUUUCAUAGAAAUCAAAUAUCAGACCAUGGAUGGAAGUGUGAAGGUGUGGAAUGAUGGGGAAUUCCUUGAUGUUCCAGAUGACCCUGAUGGAACCUUCCAGUUUGAGACAGACAGUCUGCUCUCUGGACGUAGCCAGAGCUCGGCAACAUCACCUGGCCGAUCGAUCCAUGGUAUUCCCACAUUUCGCAAAGCAGGGAAAGGUGUGUUUUCAGCCAUGAAAUUGGGCAGAACACGCGCCAAUAAAGAUGACCACAGAAAAGGAGAUGAUCCAGCCAUUUUGGAUGCAGAAGAUCUGGAUGGAAAGGCCAUACGUAUGGGUGGUGGGCUGGACCCUGAUGCCAUCUCAUUGGCCUCUGUUACUGCCGUAACUACUAAUGUCUCCAACAAAAGAUCAAAGCCUGACAUCAAGAUGGAGGCCAGCUCAGGACGUCCAGUGGAUUAUCAGAUCAGUGUUACAGUUAUAGAGGCCCGUCAGCUGAUUGGUCUGAACAUGGACCCUGUGGUGUGUGUGGAAAUCGGAGAGGAUAAGAAGUACACUUCCAUGAAAGAGUCCACAAACUGCCCCUACUACAAUGAGUACUUUGUCUUUGACUUCCACGUGCCUCCAGAUGUCAUGUUUGACAAAAUACUAAAGAUCUCAGUUAUACAUUCUAAGAACCUUCUAAGAAGUGGCACCCUGGUGGGCACCUUUAAGCUGGAUGUAGGGACUGUGUAUGCACAACCUGAGCAUCAGUUUCAUCACAAAUGGGCAAUGCUGUCUGACCCUGAUGACAUCACAGCUGGGUGCAAAGGUUACGUUAAGUGCGACAUCGCCGUCGUAGGAAAAGGAGACAACAUCAAGACUCCCCACAAGGCCAAUGAAGCAGAAGAAGAUGAUAUAGAGGGGAAUCUUCUGCUCCCAGAGGGCGUUCCAUCUGAGAGACAGUGGGCUCGGUUUUAUAUUAAGAUUUACAGAGCCGAGGGGCUGCCUAAAAUGAACACCAGCAUCAUGGCCAAUGUGAAGAAAGCUUUUAUUGGAGAAAACAGGGAUCUUGUGGACCCAUAUGUCCUGGUUCAAUUUGCAGGGCAGAAGGGUAAAACCUCAGUUCAGAAGAGCAGCUAUGAGCCCAUCUGGAAUGAGCAAAUAGCCUUUACCGAGAUGUUCCCACCUUUGUGUAGGCGAUUGAAAGUUCAGAUACGUGAUUCAGACAAGGUGAAUGACGUUGCCAUAGGAACCCAUUUCAUCGAUCUCCGCAAGAUUGCAAAUGAUGGAGACAAAGGGUUUUUGCCCACAAUGGGGCCAGCCUGGGUGAAUAUGUACGGUUCUACCCGAAACUACACCCUGAUGGAUGAGCACCAGGACUUGAAUGAGGGACUAGGGGAGGGUGUGUCCUUCAGGGCACGGCUUCUCAUGAGCAUUGCGGUGGAGAUCCUGGACACAACGUCUCCUGAGAUUAUGAGCUCUACAGAGGUACAAGUGGAGCCAGUGUCCAACAUCUCAGAGAGUGCAACAGGAAAAAUGGAGGAGUUUUUCCUUUUCGGAUCAUUUUUGGAGGCCACAAUGAUAGACAGGAAAAUUGGAGACAAACCAAUCAGCUUUGAAGUCACUAUUGGUAACUAUGGUAACCAGAUCGAUGGUGUGAGCAAACCUACAUUGGUGAAGAAGAAGAAAGACGGUGGAGGGGAGAAUGAAGAAGAGGAGUCUGAGCUCAUUCACAACUCUAGUGAUGAAGAUGCAGAGGAUGAUGGAGAUCUGACGUCUGUGCCAUCCACACCUCCUAUGAAACCAGUUAUCACUGACAGAAAUUAUUUCCACUUGCCGUACUUUGAGAAGAAACCCUGCAUUUACAUCAAGAGCUGGUGGCAAGAUCAGAGGAGACGGCUUUACAACUCCAACAUCAUGGACAAGAUUGCAGAUAAACUGGAGGAGGGGCUGAAUGAUGUUCAAGAAAUCAUAAAAACCGAAAAGGCGUUUCCAGAACGCAGACUUAGGGGUGUGUUAGAAGAACUUAGCACGAACUGCAACCGAUUUGUUACACUAGCAAACAAAGAUCAGAAUCAAGCAGGAAGAACCAAACUGGAUCGAGAGAGGCUGAAGUCUUACAUGAGGGAAAUGGAGAAUAUGGGUCAGCAGGCAAAGACUAUUCGCACACAAGUAAAGAAAAACACUGUGCGAGACAAACUCAAGCUAGUCCUUAACUUUCUUCAUAGACUUCGCUUCCUGGCAGAUGAGCCCCAGCACAGCAUUCCCGAUGUGUUCAUAUGGAUGAUUAGCAACAACAAACGAAUAGCAUAUGCCCGCAUCCCCUCCAAAGACAUUCUCUACUCUAUUGUUGAUGAAGAGAUGGGCAAAGACUGUGGAAAAGUUAAAGCCGUUUUCCUUAGGUUGCCAGGAAAAAAAGGCUUUGGGCCUGCUGGCUGGACGGUUCAGGCUAAACUGGAGGUGUAUUUGUGGCUGGGGUUGAACAAACAGAAGAAAGAUUUUAUGAGCGGCCUGCCCAGCGGCUUUGAAGAAAACAGAGCGUCAAAGGGAAUUGGCAUACAAGCUGUGCCUCCCAUCAGCUUAGUGUAUAACAUGAAGCAGGUGUUUCAGUUAAGAGCGCACAUGUAUCAAGCUCGCAGCCUGUUUGCUGCAGACAGCAGUGGUCUGUCUGAUCCAUUCGCCAGAGUUUUCUUCUCCACCCACAGUCAGGUGACAGAGGUUUUGAGUGAGACUCUUUGUCCCACAUGGGAUCAGUUGCUUGUAUUUGAUAAUGUUGAACUCUAUGGUGAAGCCACUGAGCUCCGUGAUGACCCUCCAAUUAUUGUCAUCGAACUGUAUGACCAGGACACUGUGGGAAAGGCUGAAUUCAUUGGGCGAACAUUUGCAAAGCCACUUACGAAGAUGGUUGAUGAACACUAUGAACCUCCACGGUUUCCCCCUCAGCUGGAGUACUAUCAGAUCUACAGAGGCAACUGUGCUGCCGGAGAUCUGCUGGCUGCUUUUGAACUACUUCAGAUUCCUUAUGAUGAAGAGGAGAUCAGGAGGGCUCUUAUUGCUGUCCAUGACUUUGCUGUGCCUCAAAUUAAGAUCGGUCCAGCAGGAUGUGCAGCACUUCCUCCAAUUGAUGGCCCCACUGAUUCUGACCGUGGUCCGAUUCUGCCCGUUCCAUUGGGUAUACGACCGGUUCUUAGCCGAUAUCGCAUAGAGGUCCUCUUCUGGGGUCUGAGAGACCUUAAAAGAGUUAACCUCUCCCAGGUGGACAGACCUCGAGUGGAUAUCGAGUGUGCAGGGAAAGGAGUCCAAUCCGCUCUCAUUCAGAACUACAAGAAAAAUCCAAACUUCAGCACAUUGGUGAAAUGGUUUGAAGUGGAUCUACCAGAAAAUGAGCUGCUGCAUCCACCGCUGAAUAUUCGUGUGGUGGACUGCAGGGCAUUCGGACGAUAUACAUUAGUGGGGUCCCAUGCCGUGACCACUCUGCGCAAGUUUAUCUACAGCCCCCCAGACAAGACCGCUAAUAACUGGGCUCACACAGCUAGACUGGCAAAUGGCCACAUGACUCUCACCAAUGGGACGUAUCAUUCCCGCCCCCACUCCAGCCUCAUUUCUCAUCCCGCAGGUGACAUUGUAGUCAAUAUGGACCCUGAACCCAACUUUAAGAAGAUGGACACAGUUGUAAAGCUUGAUGCUAAUGAGGAUGACAAAGACAAAGGAAAAAAGAAGAAGAAGAAAAAGAAAGGAGAUGAAACAGAGGAAGAGGAACCUGAUGAGAGCAUGCUGGACUGGUGGUCCAAAUACUUUGCCUCAAUAGAGACCAUGAUGGAGAACCUCCGAGCACAAGAAGCAGCUCUGGCUGAGGCAGAAGAAAAGGAAGAUCUUGAGAUAGCAGCAGAAAGUGCAGAGAUCAAAGCUGAUGAAUUCUCCAUAAAAGGCACCAAACUCAAAGAGAAGAGCAAAGACAAGAAAAGCUCCAAGGACAAAAAGAAGAACCAUGAUGGGGCAGAGAAACGACCCUCAAAGCCCAAAGUUGAUGAACUCAUGGUGUAUAAUAAAGAGCUCGAAAGUGAGUUUGAUCACUUCGAAGACUGGCUUCACACCUUCAACCUCUGUAGAGGGAAAGCUGGAGAUGAUGAUGACCACAACGUGAUCGAUGAUGACAGAAUUGUGGGCCGAUUCAAGGGCUCCCUGUGUAUGUAUAAGUUGCCCCUGUUUGCAGAGAUCACAAGAGAGGCAGGAUUUGACCCUAACAUGGGCAUGUUUCAAAGCAUUCCUCACAAUGACCCAAUCAAUGUUCUCAUUAGGAUUUAUAUCAUUCGAGCCACAGAUUUGCACCCUGCCGAUAUAAAUGGUAAAGCGGAUCCAUACAUAGUCAUUCGACUGGGAAAAACUGAAGUUAAGGACAAAGAAAAUUACAUAUCUAAGCAGCUCAAUCCUGUCUUUGGCAAGUCAUUUGAUAUAGAGGCCACAUUUCCCAUGGAGUCUAUGCUGACAGUGGCAGUAUAUGAUUGGGAUUUGGUUGGAACAGAUGACCUGAUUGGCGAGACUAAGAUUGAUUUGGAAAACAGAUAUUAUAGUAAACACAGAGCUACCUGCGGCAUAGCGUCUCACUACUCUGUUCAUGGUUACAACGUGUGGCGGGACCCUCAGAAGCCAACUCAGAUCCUUGCUAAGCUGUGCAAAGAAGGCAAAUUGGAUGCACCCCAGUAUGGACCUGGCGGCAAGGUCAAAGUCGCGAACCGUGUCUUUUUCGGGCCAACCGAAAUUGAGGACGAGAGUGGUCUUAAGAAGCAGACAGAAGAACAUUUGGCUCUUACCGUUCUUCGGCACUGGGAGGAGAUCCCACGCGUUGGUUGCAAACUCAUCCCUGAGCAUGUGGAGACGAGGCCACUUCUGAACCCAGACAAGCCAGGCAUUGAGCAGGGAAGAAUUGAAAUGUGGGUGGACAUGUUUCCCAUGGAUGUACCAGCACCGGGACCGGCCAUUGAAAUAUCACCACGCAAACCAAAGAGAUAUGAGCUCAGGGUGAUAAUAUGGAAUACAGACGAGGUUAUUCUGGAAGAUGAUGAUUACUUCACAGGGGAAAAGUCCAGUGACAUAUUUGUAAGGGGCUGGCUAAAGGGACAACAGGAGGACAAACAGGACACAGAUGUACAUUAUCACUCUCUGACAGGAGAGGGAAACUUUAACUGGCGCUUUCUCUUUCCCUUUGACUAUCUCAUGGCCGAGGAGAAGAUAGUCAUCUCUAAAAAGGAAUCCAUGUUUUCCUGGGACGAGACGGAGUACAAGAUUCCUGCUCGACUGACCCUUCAAGUAUGGGAUGCUGACCACUUCUCUGCAGAUGACUUUCUGGGAGCAAUUGAAUUGGACUUGAAUAAAUUUCCCCGUGGGGCAAAAACAGCAAAGCAAUGCACUCUUGACAUGGUUGUUAAAGAGCAAGAGCUCCCAACCAUCUCCAUCUUCAAGCAGAAAAGAGUGAAGGGCUGGUGGCCCUUCGUAGCCCGAGAUGAGAAUGAUGAAUUUGAGCUCACUGGAAAAGUGGAGGCGGAGCUCCAUCUACUGACAGCAGAGGAAGCAGAGAAAAGUCCAGUCGGUCUUGGUCGGAAUGAUCCAGAGCCACUUGAGAAACCCAACCGUCCUGACACCACCUUCCUGUGGUUUCUGAGUCCGCUGAAGGCCAUUCGUUACUUGAUAUGCAACCGCUACAAGUGGCUCAUCAUCAAGAUCGUCUUGGCUCUGCUGCUACUGAUCAUGGUCGGCCUGUUUCUCUACAGCAUGCCAGGCUAUCUGGUCAAGAAGCUGCUGGGAGCCUAAAGGGGUCAAGGGGGUAGAAGGUUUGUUUCAGAGAUAGCCCGCCCCUCCUAAAGUUGCUCACUUGUAAUAUUUGUUUUCUCUUCUAACAAUUUACACUGUUUACAUUUUUAAUCAACCUCCACAUUUUCUCAUCAUUACAGUUGCUCGGUAGCCUAAACAUAAUGGGGCGGUUUCCCAGACAGGGCUUAAGCUUAGUACCAGACUUUAACUUAAAUGUUUGUGUUAUCAGUGCGAAUGUCUCAAGAUGCACACCAGUAGUGUUUAUUUAUAAAUUAGGCUUUUAAAAUGACUUAAAUAUCCUAAUUUAACUAAGGCCUAUUCCUGGAUUAAACUAAUCUGGGAAACCACCCCGAUAUAUUUUCAUUCAUUCUUUUUCAAUAUCAAUUUGCAUGUCCUACCCAGGUAGGAUCAGUUAUCUUUCUGUCAUAUAGGGAAGAGAAAAGUGACAAUGGAGUGUCUAUUUUUGGUACGAAAUUACUAGACUGUCAAUUACAGUAUUUAUUUUAAGAUGCAUUUCUUCAGAUUAUUGGAUUUUAUUUUCAUUCUCUAGACUUGUCAAGCACAAUAAGCAUGUCUUAAAAUACUACUUGUUCAUCAGUUACAGUUUGAAAAAUAAUAUAAUAAGAUUGCAAGCCUCAUAUAUACAGUAUAUAAAUGUAAUUUAAUUUCAAAAUGCCUUCAUGUUUGUACUGUCAGUUCAUCACAAGAACCUUCUAAACCAGUAAGAGUAAUGGUUACUUUGUAGUGGUUCCCAACUGGUUACUGGAAGACUCCCAGUGGUAUACAUUUUACAUGUCUGCAUUUCUGACACACCCACACUAUAAAGGUAAAAAUAAAGGUGCUUCACGAUGCCAUAGAACCAUUUUUGGCUGAAUGGUUCCAUAAAGAACCUUUAACAUCUGAAGCACCUUUCUGUUUCUAGUUAGAAAGAUUUCUAGUGAAAAAUUUAGUUAUAAAGGUUCUAUAGAUGUACUGAAUGGUUCUUUAAGGGACCACAUAUGGUUCUUCUAUGGCAUGGCUGUGAUUAACCUUUUAAGCACCUUUAUUUUUAAGAAUGCAUUGCAGGACUUUUUAUGUGUUAAUGUCAACAAACUACUAUCUGAUUAGGGACAACCAAUAACAGGUUUAGGAACCACUGCUGCAGAGAAUCAUGCAGAUAUAAUUAAGGAAAAUAAUGUUUCAUUUGUCAUUUAGGGUUAGUAGUACAAUUGGAUUUUUGUUUUCUAUAUUUCCUACUGUUAGUUUAUUUAGCUUGUCGUGUACAUUUACUUAUUUUAUGUUUGCUUGAUAUUUAUUGUUGUUUUAUUUAUUAAUAUUAAAUUUAACAAUGUACUUGUUUGCACUGAUUUUGUCCUGUUUAUAUAAAAAGGGUGUAUUUUUCAUUCUUGUAUGUGUGCAAUAUUAAUUUAUUUAUAUUUGUUAGUAUGAAGACAAUAAAAUGAACUUGAAAUAAAAACAUGCCUAUUUGUGUG